UCAACCAAUCAGAAAUUAGUGCAGAGUGACGCGUGUCAUGUAAACAAACAAGGGCCGCGCGGCCAUUACAGAUCGAGCCUCUGUUUUCUGCCGUCGAUCAAAUAACCUGCGCAGACCCCCACCCCCGGACCUGUAGACAUGAAGGACCCGAGCUUCGGCACCACGACCCACAGCCUGACCUCGGGCAGUGACGUCAUACUGAGCAGCCAGUUCAGCCCCGAUGAGGAGCCUUUCGCGGAGUACCUGUGGAUGGAGCACGAGGAGGAGUUUAAUCGGCAGGUGGAGGAGGAGCUGUGGGAGGAGGAGUUCAUCGAGUGCUGCUUCCAGGAGAUGCUGGAGGAGGAGGAGCAGUGGGAGUGGUUCAUCCCGUCCAGAGACCUUCCCGCCACCAGCGUUAGCCAGCUGCAGGAGCAGAUCGGCCUGCUUGUCCUCGACGUGGACGUCCACCCCAACGCCGACAUCCUGGACUCAGUGAAAAGCAGCAUUCUAAACCCCAACGCCAAGGAGUUCACCCCGGGCAUCCAGAAGCAUGCCAUGUGACCCAGCGGGGCUCCGCCUCCUCCCCUUAGUCCGCACUGGGAUGUCACGUAGAUGUCUGCUGUUUUUUUCAAGCCGUCACUCGAACCUUUAGCUGAUGUGUUGCCAAAGUUCAGCGCUCGACUCGCACGUGUUCAAGUUCACUACGUUGUUCCCGCCCACCUGUUUCCCCCCUCCCACUUGUUUGUGCUCUGAAUGUAAAUCAGCUGAGAGGAGCGUCACUUUUCUCUGGGGAACCAGAACUCCGGCUGCGUUCUGUCAGAUCUCCUGUAGGUGCUGCCCCACCCUCCGAGCACUUUCUGCUCCACUUUCACUUUGACACGCCACUUUGGAUUCUGAUCCGGUUUAGUCCAGCUUAACUAGCAGUUUGGGCGUGUCACUUAUUAUGAGUUUUUUGGCUGUUUUCCCAGCAUCCUUUGUGUUCGGCUUUUGCUUGCUAUCGCUCGCUGCCUCAUGUAUUAUCGUUGUUUUUUCUAAACGCACAGAAAGUACUGUAUAAAAAGUGAAAUAACAAAGAAAAAGUUGUAAAAAAAUCUAUUUUUUCUUAAACUACUUGAAAAUAAAUGUUUAUGAACAAAA